AUGGCACGCAUCGCAUUGUCACGGCUGCUUGCCAUUGUGCCGCUGCUCUCGCUUGUCUCGGUCUCCGUCGUGUCGGCCCAGACCGGCACCGGCAUCAUCGGCUAUGGCAUCUCGUUCUGGCAGGACCUGUGCUGCCAGGCAUGCGCCGACUCGCUGUCGGCCCUCUACCUCAACUGCACGACAUUCAGCGACGGCGACAUGGGCGGCGACGGCAUGGACAUGGGCGGCGAUGACAUGGGCGGCAUGCUGAUGGGCACGACGAGCGACGCGUGCCGCGCGAGCAACACGCCGUGGCUGCAGACGAUGGCGUACUGCAUCCAGUCCAACUGUGACGCGCACGGCUAUGUGGGCGCCGACAAGCAGGCGGCGUGUUUUGUGGCGCAUGCGCUGGGCGGCGACGCCGCGGGGCCCUCGUACCAAGACAGUCUGCCGGCGACGGCGCCGACGGCCGAGCUCGAUGCCGCGGCCGUGUGGCUCAACGCGACGAGCCUCGUCAACGCCGAUCUGUACGCCUCGACGUACGGCAGCGAGGGCAACUUUGCCGAGUCGGAGUACUACCACACAAAAUACGCAAUGGUCGUCUACUUGACGACGAUUGGCAUCAUCGUGGCCUGCGGGCUGUUUGCCCAGCUGCGCGGCGCGCUCCCGGCCUUUGAGCGCCGCCUGCAGGUCUCCCGCGUCUGGUCCGCGCUCCAGCAGCACGUCGGCCUCCCGGCGCUCUUGGGCCGCGCCUCCCGCCACCACGAGCCAUCGUUCGGCGGCUUUGGCUAUGUGCCGAGCCGCGCGCUCAGCCUGUUCAUCGGCGUCUAUCUCGUGCUCAACAUUGUCCUGUGCUGCGUCUCCUUCUCGACCUUUGCGCCCAACACCUUCUGGAACUCGCCGCAGUUCAACCUGUGCGAGUUUGUUGGCAACCGCACCGGCACGCUGAGCCUCGUCAACCUCAGCAUGGCCGUGCUGUUUGCCGGCCGCAACAACCUGCUGCUGGCGCUCACCGGCUGGAGCCAGUCCACGUUCCUGGCGCUGCACCGCUGGGCCGCGCGCGUCGCCGCCGUCCAGGCCGUCGUGCACUCCAUUGUCUACACCUAUGCGUACUAUACACCCGGUUAUGCCGGCGCCUCCGCCUACGCCGCCGAGGUGGCCAUGCCCUUCUACUGGUGGGGCAUCGUCGGCACCAUUGCGUUUUGCCUGGCGGCGAGCCUCGCCGUGCUGCCGCUGCGCACGCGCUGGUACGAGAUCUUCUUGGUCGUGCACAUUGCGCUCGCCAUCCUGGUGCUCGUCGGCUGCUGGUACCACCUGGUGCCGCACUUUGGCUACAUCUACGGCUACCAGACCUGGCUCUACAUUACGUUUGCCUUUUGGGCCUUUGACCGCGCCGUGCGUGUCGGCCGCAUCUUGUACUACAGCCGCCUCUACAUGGGCCGCCUCCGCCCGCAGCAGCACCAGCACCAGCAGCGGGCCACGGUCGAGGCCGUGCCGGGGUCGGCCAACCUUGUGCACGUCACCGUCUACCCGCGGACCUGGCACUACGGCCCCGGCCAGCACGCCUUCCUCUACUUUCCGAGCCUCGGCUGGGGCAAAGGCUGGGAGAGCCAUCCGUUCAGCGUGGCCGCCUGGAACGACAGCGACACGCGCCCGCCGGGACAGUCGCAGUCGCUGCGCCGCGACCACGGCCAGCGUCGGGCGGAUGCAGCCUGUGGUGCGGCUGCUGACCCGACGCGCGGAUCGUCGUCCUCCGACGGCGCCGGCGUCGAUGAAAUCACCGAGGUCCCCGACAAGGCUGCCGUGCCAUCACUCGUGGCCACCACACCAGACGAAAAGGAGGCAUCUGUCCAAGUGCAGUCCCUUCCUCACCACCACCAUCGCCACUACCAAGGACAGAGCGCCGCCACGGCCCGUCCCUCGGUCGAGUUUCUGAUCCGCACCCGGGACGGCAUGACCGCCUGGCUGCGUGACCACGCGGCCACCGGCCUCGGACGCGCCAUUGACUUGCCGCUCUACACCGAGGGACCCUAUGCCGGCCACCGCGCCACGCUGCAGCCGCUCAAGGCGGCCGACACCGUCCUCUGCGUCGUCGGCGGCAUCGGCAUCACCCAUGCCUUGGGCAUCCUGCAAGAGUACGUGUCGACGGCCCAGGGUCGCGCUGUCGGCCGAGAAAAUGAAGUCGGCGAGUCGGGACACACGUCCACGGUCAUGCCGCGCGCCACACGCUUCAUCCUUGCCUGGUCGGCCCAUGAACACGCCCUCCUCGGCCACGUCCAGGAGCGCUUCCUCGUCCCGGCCGCGCACGUCGCGGGCCUGGAGCAUCGCUUCUGGUGCACGAGCCCUGUGGCAGCUGCCGGCAAACUCGCCGUCACGCUGGGUCGGAUGGACGUGGCGGCCGUCGUCCGGUCGUCGCUCGAAGUCGGACGCGUCACGACGGUCGUGGUCUGUGGUCCGGGCGCCAUGGCCGACGCGACCAACCGCGCCGUGGUCCAAGCGGUCCACGACGGCUUCCACGUCGACAGCAUCGAGGAGAGCUUCAAGUGGUGA